UUCAAGCUUGAGUGUCUCUGAUCUUUCGUCCAUAAAGACAACACUACCAAUACAUAGUAUUGUGUUACAGAGAGAGAGAAAGAGAGAGCGCGCGCGAGAGAGAGAGAGAGAGAAAGAGAGAGGAGCUAAACAAGAACCAUAUACGCAAAACUACGACCUUUGCUGUCGACAUAUAUACAAAUAUAGGACCUGCUUUUAAUCCUCCCAUUCACUCUCUCACCGACCGCUUCCUUUUUUUCUCUCACAAGUCUCUGCAGACUCUGUUUUAUAUAAAAACAAAUCCUUUCUCGCCUUGCUCUCCUGCCCACUUCCGACUCUUCCAUACCCCUGCUUCUGGUCCCAAGCCAAACGUUUUCCUCCGUUUUUGAUUCUCACAGAAAACCAGUGGCAUUUGAUGCGACUGAGUUCGGCUUGUUGACUCGGACCCAACCUGCCCGAGUCUGAGUGAUGAGCUUGGGAUCGUCAAGUUAGAUAUAUAUUGAUUUUUUUGAGAAUUUGUGAAAUGGGUGAAGCUGACGCGAGUUCGGUGUUGAAGAAAACGCUCAAGAGUCUGUGUUGCAGGGAUGGGUGGUCUUAUGGGGUUUUCUGGCGCUUUGUCCAGCGUGAUUCCUUAUUGUUGACUUUUGAUGAUGCCUAUUAUGAAGAGCAAGUAGGGGCAGUGGUUGAAAUGUUUCCACUGGUCCACAUAUUGGGUGAAGGAGUAAUCGGCCAAGCUGCCUUCACUGGAAGGCAUAGAUGGAUGUUCUCAGAUGCUCAUGGUGGGGAAUGGGGUUCUUUUCCAAGUCAAGAUAUAUUCCAGGAUGAUUCUGAGUUUCAUAACCAAUUUUCCUCCGGAAUUAAGACAAUUGCGGUGAUCUCUGUGGCACCAAUAGGAGUGGUACAGUUUGGAUCCACCCAGAAGAUACUGGAGAGGUCUGAAUUUUUGGAUCAAACAAAAAGAUUGUUUCAGGAGAUGGAAAAUGCUUGUUCUCUCAUUCCAUUGGAAAAAAAUGCGUUGUCCUUGAACGAUGAAAAUUAUAUUCGAAAUGGGAUAUUUGCUUCCUUAAUUUCAUCUGGAAAUUCAUGUGAUGGGGAUCUCAAUGCCAUACAUUAUGACUGCCGGCGGGAGCUGUUGGGAGAAGCUUGCUCAGCAACAAUUUUGAAUGAGCUGUCUGAUUCCAUCUUUGGGACUCAUGAUGAAAUGAUGGCUCCCACACUCAUAGAUUUGUCUCACCCUAAUCACCAAUUACAAACAGGUGGUACAAACACUCGAGUCUUGCUAUCUGAUAAGCUUAGUUCGCAGUUCCAGCAAGAGUCUUUACAGUCUGUCCCUUCUGUUUGUAAAAGGAGUAGCAGAGAUUCUAUCUUGACUCCAUUCAUUCCACUGUUGGCAUCUGAAUCAACAGUUCAGGAUUCUUCGAAUCUGUUUACUCCAAAAGCAAACACUCUUGAUUCUUGCCAAAAUAGAGCAAGCAAUGUUCAGGGGGAUGAUUUGUCUCAGCAUGUCUGUCCAACUUAUUUAACCAGAAGUGAACUUGUAGAAAAAGCAACCAACAUGCAUAAAUUUGCUGAGGAGUUCAGGCCAGAUGAUUUUACAACAGAAGUCUCCGAAUUCUGUCUGGUGGAUGAUCUGUCUCAGUGGUUUUCUCCCUCACCAGAAUAUAGUAUCAAUAGAUUGGAGACUGCAUUUCGUAAUGAACUUUCACAACCAAUAGGAGUUGCUUCAGCAUCAUCUUGUCUGGUUGGAGAUGAUAUUUUUAACCAUUUUCCAAUCAAACAUCCAGAAAAUUCUAUGCAAAGUUCCAUCAUUAAUGCAUGCAAGUCUAACGGACUAGAGAAUUCUGCAAUUAUGCAUGCUGUUGAAAAUGAUCUGUUCAAUGAUUUGGGACUGGAGUUCGAUCCAAAUCAAUCUGGGGAGUGUUGGGAAGAUCUCAUAAUGCCAAUAAUGAGUGCUGCCACUGGUAUGGGUAUGUCAGAAUGCGUCUCAGAGUUGGAUAUUGGUUCCAUGACUAGCCCCAGGAAGGGGUUAUUCUCAGAAUUAGGCCUUCAAGAACUUCUGGAUGGCAUAAGUAAUUCCAAGUCUUUUGCCAAAUCUAGCUUUGAGGAAAAACUAUCCACCACCAAAAGAAGAAGAGUGGAUAGUUCAUCUGUGAAUAGCAACCAAUCGCAGUUGGAAAGUCUUGCUUGCUCCAGUGGCAGCAUGAACAUGAUGCAACCUGAAUACAACCCGGAGAAGAAAAAUAAUGUUCCCAAGAAAGAGCUUCUACCAAAAUCACAGGUAGGUUUAUGGAUUGAUGAUAGCUAUAGCGUCAAUGUGGGGAUUGCUGGUCUAGCACGAUCUCUGAAGCCUGAGGAACCUACAAAGGCCACCAGAAAAAGGGCUAGGCCAGGGGAGAGUACUCGGCCAAGGCCUAAAGACCGGCAGCAGAUCCAAGAUCGCAUCAAAGAAUUGCGAGGGAUCAUCCCUCAUGGUGGAAAGUGUAGCAUUGAUUCUCUGUUGGAUCGAACCAUCAAAUACAUGUUUUUCUUGCAAAGUGUUGCAAAAUAUGCAGACAGGCUUAAACAUUCCGAUGAGCCAAAGCUGAUUGGCCAGGAGACUGGAGUGGUUCUCAAAGAAAAUGCCAUGGAUGUUGUAAGCGGUGGUACUACAUGGGCAUUUGAAGUUGGAAGUAAAACAAUGGUUUGCCCCAUUAUAGUUGAAGACCUUAACCCACCCGGCCAAGGCCAAAUGCUUAUUGAGAUGCUAUGUGAAGAACAGGGACUCUUUCUUGAGAUAGCAGAUGCAAUACGUGGCUUGCGGCUGAACAUCUUGAAAGGAGUAAUGGAAGCUAGAGAUGACAAGAUUUGGACACGAUUUAUUGUUGAGGCAAGCAGUCAUGUAACGAGGAUAGAUGUAUUUCUGUCCCUUGUCCAGCUUCUAAAUCAAACAAAGACCACUGAGAAUGAUACAACAGAUCGACGCAGUAAUGCAAUUGAUGGAGUUGGGAUUUCUCUAUUGGACAAUUACCAGCAACAAGCCAUGCUGUGUCCCAUAACCUUGGCUGAGACGCUCGGAUGCUGAUUGAGCACAUGAAUGAGAGUUUCAGAAGUACCUUAAGCAUUCACUUGCUCAAAUGCCUGCCAUGUUGGGUGUUCUGGAUAGUUAAAAGCCACACCUGAACAAGGAAAAGGAUUGUGGCCAUCUCCACUAGCUUUGAAAUGGGAAUGUAAUGCAUAGUAUGCAUAGACUAGCUAGCUAUAUAGGUAUACUGACAAAGAAAAUUGCAAUCGUUCUCCUCAAGUAGAUCCAGAUUAGAGAGCCGGGCAAGAAGCAAAAUGAUGCCCCAGACUCGAUCAUAUUAUUCCUGGAGUUUAGGUUGGGUUUCCAUAUGAACCUGAUUUCGAGAGGGAUGGUGCACUAGGUUUUUCUUCUUCUUCUUCUUCUUCUUUUUUUAUUUCUCUGAUUUGGGUUGCUCCUACAACCAUAACCUGUUUAUAGUGUGAAGCUGAUAAAUCAAUUAAUGGUAGGCUAACUGCUGAUUUGUUUCUAA